UGACAGAAAUAUGACAAGUCCCAGAAGUCCAAAUAAUUUGGUUAGGUAAUUUUAUUAUAUUUUGUACUCGCAUUUUUGGUAAAAUUAAGGAAAAAGUCCAAAAUGCUGAGAAGGGCAACACAAAUCUUUCGUCAGUUGUUAGAAGUCCCCGCACAACAAAAACCCCAAUUGGCCGGAUUGAAAUUUUUCCCACCUCCAAUAAAAUACGAAAAUAUCGAGAAAUAUGAUCGUCCUAAGCUGCGAAUCAUGGAAAAAGUACCUCAAUAUGCAGCAAAUCUGCGACCUCCCAAAAUGCAAAAGCGAUUGAGGCUUAUGAGAGGACCAGAAAAAGUACACAAUACCCUCAUCCAUAAACAGUAUGGAAUUGUUGCAACCGGAGGUGGUAGACUGCGACAUGGUCAUUAUGAAAUGCUACGUCUAACCAUAGGUCGUAAGAUGGAUAUUAAUCGUAUGUUUGCUAUAUGGAGGGUUCCCGCGCCUUGGCAGCCUGUUACAAAGAAAGGACAAGGUCAGAGAAUGGGUGGAGGAAAAGGUUCAAUUGAUCACUAUGUGACUCCAAUAAAAAGUGGUCGGGUUAUUGUUGAAAUUGGAGGAACUUGUGAGUUUGCUGAAGUGAAACCAUUCCUGGAAUUGGUACGCAAACAGUUGCCGUUCAAGGCAAUGGUAGUUUCACAAGAAAUGUUGGACGAAAUGAAAGCCGAAGAAGAAAGACUCGAAAGAGAAAACAAAAAUCCCUAUACCAUGAAGUACGUUUUUCAAAAUAACCUGAAUGGUUGUCAUAGAUGGAUGUCCCCAGUAGAUCAUAAAUGGUUUGGAAAAUAUUUGUAAUCAUUAUAAAUAACAGAAUAAAAACUUUUCAUUAUUA